GAUUUAAGACUGUCAUAAUAUGCGACGCUGAAUUUUGUGAAAAAUUAACAAAACUUAACAUACUAUGCGCCCCGUUUUCGUAUACAAGAAGUAUUCACAAUAUUUUAAAAAUGUAAAAAGGAUUGUUUGGUAAAGUAUAUUUAUUAUACAUUCUAAGCGAAAAAAAAAUACAAAUGUGUACAAACUCAGCACGCCUAGUGAACAGCCUGGAGUGUUAUAUGGACGACCUGGUGGACUGCUUUGAGGAUUUCGUCAAGAAGUCCCUCCUCAUCAUCUCCGUAGCAGUGGGAGCCCUCAUCGUGAUGCUGGGAUACGUUCUGAAGAUCAUCUCGGAGAGAGCGCAAGUCCCACUCUUGGGAUCACCUGCCGUAGCUCAGCAAAUAGACACGACUAGAACUUCAUGCCCCCAAAGCUGCAGCUCAGCUCGAACGAGCCAACCUGACGUGCAGAAUGACCUCCAGAAGUCCAAAAGUAGCACUCUCCCCCAAAAGUCUACCAACAGCAUAGCCAUGCCUUGCUUCAGGAAGGACUGCAGGAAGACCAUGUCAGCUGCAGCGAAUACUGGUCCUCUGUCAAGCACACCGAGCUUUGAUGAGAAAGUGCUAAGGAAUAUUGGAUUGUCUAGCUGUUCUAAAAGCUGCGUUCAGAGCAAACGGCAUAUGAUACGUAACGGUUCGGCUUCUAGGCUUGCAAUUCCAAGUAUGCCAACGUGCAUUCCAAAUCACCACAUAUCAACUCCUCGCCCCUGCUCCAAGUUCGUGGCCAGCCGAAACUCUUGCUGCUCGAUGUGCUGCGCAGACGACGAUCGGCGAUGACGAACAAGUGAACAUCAACAAUGAUCAGCCAAAACAUCAACACUGAUCAGAUAAAA